AUGCCCUCGGCCAAACAAAGGGGCUCCAAGGGCGGCCACGGCGCCGCGAGCCCCUCGGAGAAGGGCGCCCACCCGUCGGGCGGCGCGGAUGACGUGGCGAAGAAGCCGCCGCCGGCGCCGCAGCAGCACCCGCCGCCGCCCGCGCCGCACCCGCAACAGCAGCACCCGCCGCAGCAUCCGCAGAACCAGGCGCACGGCAAGGGCGGCCACCGCGGCGGCAAGGCUUCCUCCUCCGCCGCCGCCGCCGCCGCCUCGUCCUCCGCGUCCUGCUCGCGCAGGCUCGGCCGGGUGCUCAACUUUCUCUUCUACCUCGCCCUGGUGGCGGCGGCCGCCUUCUCGGGCUGGUGUGUCCACCACGUCCUGGAGGAGGUCCAGCACGUCCGGCGCAGCCACCAGGACUUCUCCCGGCAGCGGGAGGAGCUGGGUCAGGGCUUGCAGGGCGUCGAGCAGAAGGUGCAGUCCCUGCAAGCCACGUUCGGUACUUUUGAGUCCCUUGUGAGAAGCUCCCAACAUAAACAUGAUCUCACAGAGAAAGCCGUGAAGCAGGGGGAGAGUGAGAUCAACCGCAUCAGUGAAGUUCUACAAAAACUCCAGAAUGAGAUCCUCAAAGACCUCUCUGAUGGGAUCCAUGUGGUCAGGGAUGCCCGGGAGCGGGACUUCACCUCCCUGGAGAACACUGUGGAGGAAAGGCUGACGGAGCUCACUAAGUCCAUCAAUGACAACAUCGCCAUCUUCACAGACGUCCAGAAGAGGAGCCAGAAGGAAAUCAACGACGUGAAGGCCAAGGUCGCCUCUCUGGAAGACUCAGAGGGAUACAAGCAGGAUCUGAAAGCCUUAAAGGACGUGGUUAAGGAAAUACAAACCUCAGUGAAGUCCAAAGAGAAGGACUUGGAGGCCCUGAGAAGCACCAUCCAGACCAUGGAGUCGGAUGUCUACACGGAGGUCAAAGAACUGGUGAGCCUCAAACAGGAGCAGCAGAGGUUCAAGGAGGCGGCCGAUUCGGAACAUCACACCCUUCAGGCGCUCACGGAGAAGAUCCUCAGGGCGGAGGAGUCGGUUGCCCGCCUCCCUGACGAGAUCAGGAGACUCGAGGAGGAGCUCGGCCAACUCAAGGCUGCAGCCCUCCGGCCAGAAGAAGACGGGGCCUUCAGACCCUCCGAGGCCUUUGAAACUCUCCAGAAGGAGAGCCAGGGCUUGGACUCACGGCUGCGGAGCGUGGAAGACGGGGUGCAGGCGGCGCAGGCAGCCUGGGCGCGCCAGGGCGAGAGCCUGGAGGCACUGCGCGCGCAGAGCGAGGAGCAGGCGCGGCGCCUGGCGGAGCUGCAGGAGCGCGUGGCCGGCCUGGGCCCCGCCACUGACGCCGAGGGCGGCCUGGCGGGCACGGUGCGUGGCCUCGGCGAGGCCCAGCUCUCGCUGGCCGGUGAUGUGGACGAGCUAAAGCGCCGCAUGGCUGAGCUCCCCGGCGCCGUGGAGGCUCUGCAGAAGGUGCAGGAGCAGGUCCACACGCUGCUGGGCCGCGAGGCCACCGCCGCGCCCCCGCAGGACCUGCUGGACAGACUCUCCUCUCUUGACAACCUCAGAGCCUCCGUGGGCCAGGUAGAGUCGGACUUGAAAAUGCUCAGGACUGCUGUGGACAGUUUGGUCGCGUACUCGGUGAAGAUCGAGACCAAUGAGAACAACUUGGAGUCGGCCAAGGGUUUGCUAGAGGACCUGAGGAAUGACCUGGAUAGGUUGUUUGUGAAAGUGGAAAAGAUUCACGAGAAAGUCUAA